AUUUAUCGUAUAGAUCAUUAUCUGGGGAAGGAAUUGGUGCAGAAUCUGUUGGUGCUCGUUUUGCAAAUCGCUUAUUUUUUACCCUCUGGAAUCGUGACAACAUUGCUAACGUACAGAUUGUGUUCAGAGAAGAUUUUGGAACUGAGGGACGUGGUGGAUAUUUCGACCAAUAUGGAAUUAUCCGCGAUAUUAUCCAGAAUCACCUAUUGCAGGUUCUUUGCCUUGUUGCAAUGGAGAAACCUGUUUCCUUGAAACCUGAGCAUAUUCGGGACGAGAAAGUGAAGGUUCUUCAAUCAGUUCUUCCAAUCAAAGACGAAGAGGUGGUGCUCGGACAAUAUGAAGGCUACAAGGAUGAUCCAACAGUUCCAGACGACUCAAAUACUCCUACUUUUGCAACAGCGAUUCUACAUAUACAUAAUGAAAGAUGGGAAGGUGUGCCCUUUAUACUCAAGGCAGGAAAGGCUUUAAAUUCAAGAAAAGCAGAAAUAAGGGUUCAAUUCAAGGAUGUUCCUGGUGAUAUCUUUAGAUGUCAAAAGCAAGGAAGAAAUGAAUUUGUCAUCCGUCUGCAACCUUCAGAGGCAAUAUACAUGAAACUAACGGUGAAGCAGCCUGGGCUGGAAAUGUCAACUGCUCAGAGUGAACUCGACUUGUCAUAUACGCAACGCUACCAAGGGGUUGUCAUACCUGAAGCCUAUGAGCGUCUAAUUCUUGACACCAUAAAAGGUGAUCAACAGCAUUUUGUCCGCAGAGAUGAGUUGAAGGCUGCUUGGGAGAUUUUCACACCCCUUCUACACCGGAUUGAUAAAGGGGAGUUCAAAUCCCUUCCGUACAAGCCUGGAAGCCGAGGCCCUGCAGAAGCAGAUCAACUGUUGGAAAAGGUGGGUUACGUUCAAACACACGGCUACAUAUGGAUCCCUCCUACCUUGUAAUCACCUUCUGAGGCUACUCGUCCUUCCAUAUUAAGUAUGGUGUCUAGUACUCCACGAGGCAAAGACAUGAGUAAUAUGUAUGAGUUGAGUGUCAAAUAAUUUGUUUUUUAAGACAAAAUUUAAGAGGAAUCUUGAUUUACGCUUCCUUUGAGAUUGAAAGUUUGCGUGUGUUAUGAGAAGUUACUGUAGCUUCGAAUGUGGAGUAAUUUUCUAUAUGGGGUUCUGCUUUUAAAAUGAAAUUCUGGGUUCUAUUUUUAUUA